AUGAGAUAUUGUGGGCUUAGUGGUGAUUUCCCAACAGGUAUACUUUGCUUGCAAAAACUGCAAGUUCUUAAUUUGGAAGCUAACGACAACCUUACUGGUUUUAUCCCUGAGUUUCACGGUAAUAGUGAAUUGAAACAACUGAUUGUGCAUCAAACAAAGUUUCAAGGAUCCAUACCAGCUUCAAUCGGGAAUCUCACACACUUGAACGUCCUGUCUUUAAGUGUCUGCGGUUUCACGGGGACUCUACCUGCAUCAGUAAGCAACCUGACACAGCUUACACAUCUGGAUCUUUCUUUUAAUAAGCUCACAUGUAAUCUUCCCUCUUUACAAAGCCUUUCAAACCUCACAUAUUUGGACCUUAGGGGAAAUAAUUUUGAUAAAUGGAAGCUGCCUGAUUGGUUUGGUAAGCUCAACAAGAUCACUUAUUUGGAUCUUGGUGAUGUCAACCUGUAUGGUGAAAUUCCAUCAUCUUUUUUCAAUCUGACCCAACUUGAAAAAUUAUACCUUCCCAGAAAUCAGUUAAAAGGCGAACUUCCAAUUUCAUUGUUGAAUCUCCAAAAUCUAGUACGUUGUGUUUUGAAUGGUAACAACAUCACAGUGGACUUUUAUCUUUUUCUUUCUCUUAAGAAACUUGAAAAUCUGAAUUUAAAUGGAAACAAUAUCUCACUUUCAGUCAUAGAUAGCCACACAAAUGAAACCCAACCGAAGUUCAAACAUAUAUCGUUGGCAUCCUGUAACUUGAAAGUCUUUCCUGAAUUUUUGCGGUUUCAACAUCAACUGGAGUAUUUGAACCUUGAUAACAAUAAUAUUGAGGGUCUCAUACCCGGAUGGAUGUGGAACAUUAGCAAGGAAACACUGAUUCAACUUUCGCUUGCUCAUAAUCUCCUAAUCGGUUUUGAGCAACAUUCACCAGUUGCUUCUUGGGUCAGUUUACAGAAUCUGGACCUGAGUCACAACAUGCUGCAUGGAUCGAUCCCGGUCCCACAGCCAAGCACCAUCAUGUAUUAUGUCUCAAACAAUAACCUGACCGGAGAAAUUUCACAAUCGAUAUGUGACUUGCCGUCUCUCCAGUUGCUUGAUUUGUCAUUCAACAACAUUACUGGCUCGAUUCCUCCGUGCUUGGAGAAAUUAAGCAAUACUAGUUUGACAGUGUUGAAUCUCAGAUGCAACACUUUGCAAGGAAUAAUUCCCAAUAUAUUCACUACUGAAAGUAAGCUUAAGAUGAUUGAUCUAAGUGAAAAUAAAUUGGAGGGUCAUGUUCCUAGAUCAUUGGAGAACUGUGAGUCACUCCGAUUGCUAGAUCUUGGAUAUAACUUUCUAGAAGGCAUAUUCCCCUUCUGGUUGGGAGCACUUUCAGAGCUACAGGUUCUCAUUCUCAGGUUUAACAAAUUUCAUGGCAUUAUUAGAAUACCAGGUAAUAUCAAAGUUAACUUUCCAAAAUUGCGCAUUAUUGACCUCUCGAACAAUUUAUUUUCCGGUGAUCUGCCACAUCAGUAUUUCCAAGAGUGGUCAGCAAUGAAGGAGACCAUGGCAAACACAACAUAUAUGCAAACAUUUAUUAAGGAAUACAGGGAGAAAUACUAUUUUCUUAUAUAUUAUUCGUUCUCGGUUCAGAUGACUAACAAACGUGUAAAAUUGGACUAUGAGAAAAUUAUGAACACCUUUUCUGCAGUUGAUCUCUCAUGUAACAUGUUUAGAGGAAAGAUUCCGGAGUCUAUUAAAACCCUCGGUGGUCUUAAGUUGCUCAACCUCUCGAAUAAUGAACUUUCUGGCGUCAUCCCACCAUCUAUGGGGAAUCUCGUACAUCUUGAAUCACUGGAUCUUUCAAGUAACAAGCUUUCUGGAAUGAUACCUCAAGACUUGGUACAACUGAAUUUCCUUCAGUCCUUAAAUGUAUCCAACAAUAGCCUCACUAGACCCAUACCAUAA